AUGCAGCCCAAUAUCUGCCAUGUGGUCCUCUUUUGCCUGGACGCCGCGAAGGUGGCAAUGGUGCUUCCCGAUGACGUUCUUCUGCAUCACCUCAACGUGCUUCGCGAGAAGGUGCCUGGCCUCUUGGAGCUGAACUUUGGGCCGGCCGGCCGAAACUUGUACCCCGACUACGUUGACUCCAGCAAUGGCUACACGCACUGUCUGGUGUCGAAGCACCUGGACGCCACCCACCUGAAGGUGUACGCCGAGCACCCGGAUCAUCUUGCCCUCGUAAGUCUGCUGAAGACAUCCAUGACAAGGCCGCCACUUCGCGUCGACUUUGCGCUGGGCUAUCCGAAGCAGUAA